GGCAUUUCAAGUUAAACAUUGUGAUCAUGGGCGACUCACCGGAAGAGCGGCGCAGCAAGGAUGUCGUGCCGGAGACCGCCGCCAAGGAGGCGGAAACUGGCAAGGGCAAAAAGGAGAAGAAGGAAAAGUCGGCCGAGGGCACUAAGCCGAGGCCGGCAAGCAGCCAGCGCGGAUCGCUGACCAAGUCCCAUAUGGGCGUUUCCUUGCCGAUGGGUGCUCCGGCAGCCAAGCCCACCAUGCGGUUCAUGCCCACCUACCGCCUGGAGUCCAAGAAUCCACUCAACAAGGAGCGCGUGGAGAACAUCAUCAAGGCGGUGAUGAACCGACACUACAACGACGAGUACAUGUUCCAUCCCAAGCACUCCCUUCACAUGGCCGCGCAAGUGAGCGAGGAAAUCAAGAACCGCAUCAAACUCGACAACUACGACAGAUAUCGCUACAUAGUGCUGGUCACUGUGGGCGAGUUCCUGAUGCAGGGCCUCUACUCCAUGGUCAACUUCCUGUGGGAUGCUGAAAAAGACGGAUUUGUGACCUACAGCGUGGAGAGACCCUCGUACUUUGCGGUCUGCACCACCUUUUACCUGUACUACGAUUAAAAACGCGAAUCCAGGGCCCUGGCGCGUUCCACUUGGUAAUAAAAUUGAUGUUGAUGCUA